CGAACUGACAUAAUUUCCUCAAUUUGAGAGAUCCAAAGGAACAAAAUAAAACAGAGAUGUUCUUAAAUUCUAUUUAGUUUAUCAAAAAGAUCGUCAUUUUGGGUGUUGCCUCGAUGGAACAAGUAAGAGUAUGUUAGGAGGAACACAGCACCAGAAAUCGCGCAGGUUCCGAGAUUGCGACACUGAUUAGCCAAACGUUUCGUGACCUUGCUCGCGUGACGAUUUUAUUGUGGGUGAAGACAUGCGAUCAUGUGACGAUCUAUAGAAUUUGCAUUUAAUGUCUCCGGGGCGCGUUAGGAAUGUAAAGCAAAGCGUCGCAAGAUGGUCGCCCAUUCCAUGAUUCUUUUAUCCAAGUGUGCUCAGUUUCGAGACGAAGGCCAAUUCAUCGACGUUCGUUUAAAAGUGCGUGAAGACAUCUUUCCAGCUCAUCGCAUUGUACUCGCUGCGAAUAGCGAUUAUUUCCACGCCAUGUUUACUGAUGGAAUGAAGGAGUCGAACCAGGAAGUUAUCGAACUGAAAGGUGAAAGCAUUUCACCUGAUGCUUUAAAGAUUGUAAUGGACUCCAUCUACACUGGAGAUCUCCGUGUCAACGAGGAAAACGUGUUUGAAGUUCUUGCCGCAGCUGAUCAUCUUCAAGCGACAACUGUUGUUCAACAGUGCUGUGAUUUCUUGAAGAGGGAAUUUAUCGAGCUCCGACUUGAUCUUCACAACUACUGUCUGCUUUCCACAGUGGCCCAUAGACACGGUCUGAGAGAUCUGCAAGAGGCAGUGGAGAAGAAGAUGGCAUCGAUGUUCAAGGAUAUUUGUGAAAGCGAAGAAUUCCUGAACCGUAUUGGUGCAGACCAAUUAUUCAGCCUCCUUAAUCGAGAUGACCUCAGUGCACCUUCGGAGACGUUCAUUUUCAAAUCAGUGAUGCAGUGGAUUAAACACAAGAAGGAGGAGAGACUAGCAGUUGCAGCCAAAGUUAUCGGAGCUGUUCGUCUGGGGCUGGUGGACAUCAGGGUUGCGAUUGAAGAACUGGACAUAGAGGAGAUGAAGCGAGUUCCAGAGAUUUUCACGCUGGUGUAUGAAGCAUUAAUCCAUAGCUACCUGCCUUCUCGUAAUCCCAAGUUUGCUGUGGAGAAAACAAAAACACGGGCAGCUAGACCGGUUCUUCUUGCAGUUCUACCCCAGGCUCAAAUGCAGUAUUUUGAUGUUGAAGCAAAAACGUGGAAACCUUUGACAUCCACAAAAGCAUCAAUUAAGGCCAUGUUGUGUUACUGUGCAGCGGCUGCUGGUAAUAACUUGUAUGUUGCUGGAUUUGAAGUGGAGCUAGGUGGUGGUGCUCACAUUUAUCGUUAUGAUGCAGAAGGUAAUGUGUGGGAGAAACUGCCAUACUCAAGCGGUAAAAUCAACAAUUUAUGUAUUGUAGACGAUUACAUGUAUGCAGUUAGUUCUGACUGCCGUCAGGUUCCUCAAAGGUAUAGCUUUGCUAACUGUCAGUGGCAAACUUUUGCUAAAGUAAGUAUUUCAAGUGAUCUCCGGGUUUUCUGUAGCGGAGCAACAGUGCUUCACUCAAAGGUAUAUGUCGUUUAUGGACUUUUACGCGGUUCAGGUGGCAACCGGUCAAUACUGAACGCAGUGCUAUACUGCUUUGAUCCAGGAAAAAACGAAUGGGGAAAAAAAGCAACAACCUGCCAGCCUCACUUUGGUUCCAGUCUUUUUGUAGCAAACAAUAGACUCUAUGUUGCAGGGGGUUAUGAGUCUAUUGACUCAAGUGGUAGUCCGUGUGGUAACCCAGCUGCUGUGGAAACUUAUAAUGAGGAAAACAGCACUUGGUCUAUUAUUGAACAAAACCACAUUCCCCCAAACAACCGUAAUGCAGUGGAAAUAGAAGGGAAGGUUUACUUUGUAAUAAACAAAUUUCCAGUUGACAGUGGUAUAAGAAUUCCACCAGGAGAGCUGUAUCCUGUUCAUUUGGGUGAGUGGGAAAACUUAGCAAAAAUUGCAAAUACUGCAGUUCUGUGUUAUCUGCCAGUAAAGCGGGAUAGUUUGAAAGCAGAGUGAAAAUGAUUUUUUUACUCACUUUAAAUAUCACAUUUACACAUCAAAAUAUGCUAGAAUGUUCUUAUUGUUAUUAAGUUGUUCAAGCUUCAAUGCAUGAAUUACUGCAGGAAGGAAAAAGACUGCGAGCAAAGCAGGGAGGGGCUGAGGCGAGCAAAAACGUAAAGGUCAAGAAGGAGAUGAAAGGAAAGGAAGACUAGUUCCAUCCCUUGUCUCGAUCUUUAAUCCAAGCUUAUGAAUCUCCUUCCUUGCUUAGCACUCGUUUUCUUGACUAAAACCUUUAGUAGUUAAUAUUGAAAGCCUGACCUGAUUUGUACACAUUUUAAAGCGGUUUUCAAUUGAGUGUCGUUAAAUCAGAACGAAAGUAAUCACUCUGUUCAGUCACAAAAGGCACGGAGAAUCGAAUCAACCAAUCAGAACUCGAAGUAAUUACAUGUACUGACGCAAAGCGCGGGAAAACGUGUGUCAGCCAGUCAUGAUUGGUACUGGGUUUACUUCUGAUUGGAUAAGUAAGUGGCGCGAGUUUUUUUUACGCCAAUAGUGCAUGUAGUGUGGUAAACCAAUAACUUUUCGACACUCAAGUCAAAACCACUUCAGCUUUUAACUUCGCAUUAGUAAGUAAAGUAAGUAAGUAACCUUUAUCAAUGUGGUCUAAAACACUUGACAGACGCAAAAGGUACAGCACUGACAGACUUUCAAAUUGUCCGCUACUGUAUGUUUAAAUUAGCUUUAAGAAUUACUUUAGAACUGUGUAUAGAAGUCUGUCUGAAGUACACAGAAUAGGAUAGAUUCGUUACAUCAUUAUUCUAUUAAAGCAAGAGAUAUUCUCUUGAUCAAGGUUGUAAACCUUUCUGCUACCGACACUGCAGUUUGUUAUCAGUUAUCAACUGUGUAGUUUGAAAAUUGAAUAACAGAACGUUUCUCACAUUCUGGUGUCACGUUAGCAGUUUAUACCAGUAAAUCUGGAAAGAAUUUACAGUUAUUUAAAAGCUGAAGGACAUAAUCUGUUGUAAAAUUAAAGUUAGUUUAAUAUAUUUUCUUUUGAACCUUUGAAAGGCCAAUGUGUACAUCAUUUAAAUCUGCCUUCCCUACACUACGAUGAAGUCUCCUGAUUUGCUCGUCCAAUUUAAGUGCACCUAACUCAGCCGUGAUUACAAACUGUACCUUACACCAUCCCCGUAAAGUGAUGCUUUCCAUUUUUUAUUCAGAAGCUUAUUCACAACCUUUAAAACAAUGAGGAAGUUACUUUUGGAUAACUAGUCUAAGUGAGCUUAAGCAAGCAUGACUGAGCCAGCAGCAGAAAAACCAGCUUAAGUCGAGCUUCCUCUGUAUCCACUUCUCGUAAGCGGCCAAAACGGUAGCCGCUUCUUUGCUUUUUCGAAAUGUCUGUGAAGGGAAGUUAGAUAAAGUAAGUUUUGAACCAACAGUUGAUUUAUACUAAAACAAUUAGAUUAUCGUAAAUCUUCCAAUUAGCGCCCCUCCUA